CAACACACGGAAGAGCUGCGUAGGGUUGUGGACCAAGCCUCCCUUCCACGCCAUUGCCUCCUUGCUUUGCUUUUCCCGUUUCCAUCGGAACGGGGCCCUUCCAAAAUCCCAUUCUUUAAACCGCCAAAACACAAACACAAACACAAACACCACACAACAACAACACAACCAAAUCCCAUUUAUAUAAACAUUCCCCCCACUCUCUUUUCACAUUCCCUUCCUCUAUUUCUUCUUCCAUCUUUUCACCAUGAUUCUUCUAACAACCUCUCCAUUCCACUUUUGAACAUUAUCGCCAGAGCUUGAGCUUUCUGUUUUUGUUCACUUAUUUUUCAGCUCUUGACAAACGGGAUCAUGUGGAGGAAAUGCUGUUCUUCUGCCACUAGUUUAUUCACUCGCAGAUUGUUGGUUAAUGGGGUUUCUGGGUCUUCUUCUCCGGUUUAUUAUGGUACUCUAGGGCUUUCUGCUGGAGUUUCCUUCAAUCCAUCGCCGCCUCUACGGUCCUCCAGUUGGUUUUGUACCGGAGUUGCUUUGUUUUCGUCGUCUGUGGAUUCAGGGAAUUUUACUGGAGUUCGUCGCGAUGUGGAUAAAAGUGAGAGUGGUGGUGGCCCUGGUAUCGGGUCUGUGAAGGAAGAAUCUGGUAAUGGAAUUGGGGAAGAGGAGAUUUCGUUUGGGGAAGCGAAAAGGUUGAUGAGAUUGGUUAAUGUUGAGGCGUUGAAGAUGAAAUUGGGGACCGAUGGGAAGGAGGCGAUUGGAUAUUUGGAGCUUCUAGAAGCUUGUAAAAGCAUGGGUGUUGCUAGGUCUGAGGAUGAAGCUGCUACUUUUGCUCGAGUUCUUGAUGAAGCUGGUGUGGUUCUUCUCUUUCGCGAUAAGGUCUAUCUUCAUCCUGACAAGGUGGUGGAUCUUGUCAGACGAGCCAUUCCCAUUGCUUUGAUGCCGGAAGACGAUCCAACGAGGAGCGAGCUAAAGCAGCUGCAAGAAAAGAAGGAAGAAAUCGACGUAUUAGCACAUAAGCAGGUGCGCCGAAUACUAUGGACUGGGCUAGGCUUAGCUGUUUUACAAGUUGGACUCUUCUUCAGGCUAACAUUCUGGGAAUUUUCAUGGGAUGUAAUGGAACCAAUAGCAUUUUUCACCACAACAACCGGAUUAGUUAUAGGCUAUGCCUAUUUCCUGUUCACUUCAAGAGAUCCCACUUACCAAGAUCUAUUGAAGAGGCUUUUCCUCUCAAGGCAAAGGAAGCUAUUCAAGAAACAUUCUUUUGAUGUUUGCAGAUUCAAGGAGUUGCAGAAAAAAUGUAAGUCGCCUCUCGAUGCUACGGCAAAUAUUAAAAAUCGGGUGGGCGUAGAUCUCGAGCUUGAGGAUUGUUUGAGUAGAGAUUAACUACUACUACUAUCAUAUACCCUUUCCUUUAUUAGAACAGGCAAGGGGUUAACUAUUAUUAACAUCCCUAAUCUUUUAAUUUCUUUCUUUAUAUGGGGGCUGUCAUCCAAUUUUGGAGUUUAGAGGUAUAAACUAGUAAAGAAUAUGGCCAUUGUUCAAACAAAUAUGAAAUGGAUUACACUGAAAUAACCAUUGCAUUCCCAAA